AUCUCCGCCCAUCGGUUGCGCCGAGAUGGCCUGCCGCAGAAACGCGGUUACUAAGGGGUGGAGAAGGUUGUGGUAGGAGCCACCGUGGAGAGGCUCCGAGAUUCCCGGGAGGCUCGCGGGCGCAAAGCCUGUCUUAUCCGGACGCUGCCUCCGCGGAGGCGUCGGAGGCGGAAACGACGGCGGAGGCAGAUGGAAUGAAGAACUCCAUAGCAUUGUGUUUAUGGUUCAGUUUAGUUCAGUAAACACUCAUUGAACCUCUUCAAUGAGCCAGACCCUGUAUGAAGUGCUGGGGAUAAAGAUAUAGGUGAAGAAACAAACAAAAAAAGAAGUCAAAGGGUAUUUCCCAGGGUCAAAAAUCAAGGAGAUGGCCUCCUCAGGAAUCUAUAAGCUGGAUAACGGGAAGCCUUAUCUGAACAACUGCUUUCCAGCCAAAAAUCUCCUUGGGAUGCCAGAAGCAGGCCGAGGACACUGGUUAGUGGCUAGGAAGUGUAACCCCAAGAAGAAGCCCAAGAAUGUGCCUGAGGCACCAGCUGAAGGUCAGGAAAACCAGAAGAAAAUUCCUUUUGAGGUCAGAGGGAAGAAAGGGUCUCUACAGCAAAAACAAGAGGAUAUUCCUGGACACAUACUGGACCAGGCUUUUCUGCUGAAGCACCACUGUGUAAGGGAGCCACCAGACCUGUGCACCAUUAAUGUGAGCGGCCUGAAGUUGUCCAAGGCUAAGGAAAAGGACUUCAAGCAUUUUCACUCAGUGAUUUACAUCAAUGCCUCAGAAAACCUGCUGCCUUUAGAGGCAUUUCAUACAUUUCCAGCCUUAAAGGAACUGGAGCUUGCAUUUAAUGGAAUCAAAACCAUCUAUGUGAAAUAUGGAGACUUUAAGUUCUUGGAAUUCCUGGACCUUUCCUUCAACAGCCUGACUGCAGAGGCCAUAUGUAAUCUGGGGAUUCUGCCACACCUUCGUGUCCUGCUCCUCACAGGCAACGGGCUCACCUCCCUGCCACUCAAUUUGGCUGUCACAGAACAGGAGCCAUCUGUAACGUCACUGACGAACAAGAGGUACAUCCUGAGGUUCCCAGCGUUGGAGACACUGAUGCUGGAUGACAACAAGCUCUCCAGCCCCAAUUGCUUUGCCAGCCUGGCUGGGCUCAGAAGACUGAAGAAGUUAAGCCUGGACCAAAACAAGAUUUUCCGGAUCCCAUACCUACAGCAGGCUCAGCUCCGAGAGGGGUCAGAGGACUGGGUUGGAGGCAGGGGGAGUUCCCACAAAGUGCCUCAAUCCAUGCUGCAGCCCAACUUGUGGAUGUUUGAGGCCUCAGAUGAACAACCGAAUUAUACUGUACUGCCCAUGAAAAAGGAUGUUGACCGGACAGAGGUUGUGUUCUCAUCCUACCCUGGAUUUGCAACCUCUGAGGAAACCAAGGUAUGUGCACUUCCUCCCAUAUUCAAGAUUCUUCCCGUGAAGUCACUGAAGGCCAGGAACCAGACGCUGGUCCCGCCCUUUCCAGAGCUGAGGUACCUUAGCCUGGCCUACAACAAGAUCGCGAAGGAAGAUGCCAUCCUGCCAGUAGCUCUCUUCCCGUCUCUCUGUGAGCUCAUCUUUCAUAACAACCCUCUGGUGGCCCAUACACGAGGGGUUCCUCCACUGCUGAAAAGCUUCCUCCAGGAGCGCCUGGGAAUCCACUUGAUUCGAAGGAAGAUAGUAAAGGCUAAGCAUCAUAUUUUGAUGCCUCGGAAGAAGUCGUGGAAGGUGAAAACCCAAGUUCCAAAGGUGCCAAAGCAGCCUCUGAUUCUCCAUCACCUAUGCGUGCCCACGACCAAGUCUCCCUCAAAGGAGAUACCAGAGUCUGAGGCAGAGCUGACUCAAGAGCUGUCCACCACCAGAAGCAGUCCUCUGGAGCCAGAGAAAGGCAAGGGCCUUUCCUUGUCCCACCAGCCCUUCGUGCCGCUGCCUUCCAUCUGCUCUGAUUCUACUGUGCAUGGUGAAGAGGCCACGUCCCACCAGAGCAACAGACCUGGCCACCUCAGCCCAGAGCACCUGUCAGAUGAGGACACCAAGAGCAUAGAGUCCAUAUUCUUGACCCAGGUGAGUGGGCUGCCUUCCUCCAUCCGUCAGAAGGAUGAUUCAGCCAUGAAGGAGGAAGAGCAAAGACCACCCCGCACAGCUCCCAGAGAGGUAAAGAGGGCUUGGAGGAAGCUCCCAACUGCCUCCCUCCCCAGCAAGUACCAUGGCUACGAGGAGUUGCUGACAGCCAAGCCUGAUCCAGCCUUUAUUGAGCCAAAGGGAAUCCAGAAGAACACACAGGCCCUGCAGUACAUGCUGAAGCACCCGCUGCUGUGCCACUCCUCCAAGCCCAGGCUUGACACUCCUCAGAAACACUACGUUCCCAAGGAGAAACGGGCCCAGAGGAUUCCCCUUCCACCCCCACGGAAGACUCGAGCCCAGCUGCUGGAUGACAUCCUCAUUCGCAUGCGGGAUCCCCGGAGUAUUACAGAGGCUCCACUAGGAGCUGUCCUGCGCCAGCGGACUGAGCAGAGGCUGGUGAACCAGAAGCAAUACCUGGAGGCCAAGCGGCUGCUGAAGGAGUUUCAGGCACGCUACCGGCAGCUGCUGCGCUGCUCACUCCGGAAGGUGUUCAGGGCCACAGCGCCACCCCUGGGCCGCCCAGCACUCAACAAGGGCCAGCCUAGAUUUGGCCACUUCAAGUUCACGGAUGAGUUCUGCCAGGGUCCCACGGCCAGUGACUCAAAAGGCUAAGUACUGCACACAGGGCCAUGCGCGCUGCCCAGCCUGUGCCUCACACCCUCCCUGAAGGCUCUGCGCCCUGGACUGCACCUUGGGGCUGGGUGCACCAGGUGCAGGCCUCAGACCUUGGCUUGGUCUCACUCACUGGCCACAGAGAGUGGGGAACUGGUCAGGACCUCCCCUCCCCGGGCCGGAAAGACCCGAUGCCUGGCCCAGCAGCAAUAAAGAGUUAUGUGCAUAGAG